GCGGUGCAGAGUCCGUGUGGAGUAAGGAGAAGCCAAUAGGAUGAGGUUUUGGUAAUAGAUGCAAAUGAUCAUGAAAAGACACUGCAAAAUAUGAAACAACUCAUUUGCGCUGAAGUAAAUCACUGAAAACUGUUUAUGAACUGGCAUCUCUUCUUGGAAAUGUAAAGCGAGAACUCUUUAAGUGGCGAUUUUUUUUUUUUUUUUUUUUUUUUUUUUAGGGGUGGGGGGGGAGGAAAGAAUUCAAUAUCAUGCAGGCUUAGAGUUUUGAUUAUAUCCUCCUUUUAUAUUCCUGGAAAUCACAAACUGUCGUUGCUUAGCAUCUUAGCGCUUUCUUUUUUUGCUAAUAGAUUCCCGUGGUCUGGUUUGUUGUGGGGUAUUUUUUUUUUUUUUUAAUAAUUUUUUUUUAAAAUUUUUUUUUUCCGCCUUCCUCCUGCAAACUCUUAUUGAAAUUAAAAUGAGCUCCUAUUUUGUCAACUCACUCUUCUCCAAAUACAAAACCGGGGACUCCCUGCGCCCCAAUUACUAUGACUGUGGGUUCGCUCAGGAUCUCGGGGGCAGACCCACCGUGGUGUACGGACCCAGCACGGGGGGCACCUUCCAGCACCCGCCCCAAAUCCAGGAGUUCUACCACGGAGCAUCCUCACUCUCCAGCUCCCCUUACCAACAGAAUCCCUGCGCCGUGGCGUGCCAUGGGGACCCCGGCAACUUCUACGGCUACGACCCCUUGCAAAGGCAGAGCCUCUUCAGCGCGCAGGAGUCGGACUUGGUGCAGUACACGGACUGCAAGCUCGCUGCCAGCGGCCUCGGAGAGGAGGCGGAGAGCUCGGAGCAGAGCCCUUCUCCGACCCAGCUUUUCCCCUGGAUGCGACCGCAAGCAGCCGCUGGACGCAGGAGGGGGAGGCAAACCUACAGCCGCUACCAGACGCUGGAACUGGAGAAGGAAUUUCUAUUUAAUCCCUACCUGACCCGCAAACGGAGGAUCGAGGUCUCGCAUGCCCUGGGAUUGACAGAGAGGCAGGUCAAAAUCUGGUUCCAGAACAGGAGGAUGAAAUGGAAAAAGGAGAACAACAAAGACAAGUUUCCCAGCAGCAAAUGCGAGCAGGAAGAACUGGAAAAACAGAAAAUGGAAAGAGCCCAGGAGGUGGACGAGGAAGGGGAAGCACAGAAGGCGGACAAGAAAUAAAAGGAUUUUUGAGGACUGAAAGGCAAGCGCUGCUGGGGUGGAAGAGCCCCCGAGCCCCACGUUAAUGGCAGUUAAUGUAAGGGAGGGGUGGGGGGACAAACAAAAAACAGUGCAUAGAAAAGAGAAAGAAAAAAAAAAAACCCUUUUAUUGCUGUAAAACAAUAUAGCUGUAAGCACCACUUUCCUGAUUAUCCUUUGAUACAAUGAGCAGAAUGCAGAAGUGAUCGGGAGCUCUCUCCUGCCUUUUGCCAGUUAUUAACUAGUGGUAGUGUAACGCAAUAGCUUAUGUAAAACAUGACUGUGAAAUUCUCUCUCUCUCUCUCUCUGUCUUUCUCUCUGUCUCUCUCUUCUUUCCGGGGGUGGGGGGUGGGUUGGUUAACAUAGCUUUCAGCGCUAUAGGAGUUACGUGAUAUUACAUUUGUGCACUUUUUAAUUUUUUUUUUUUUAAUUUUAGUUUAUUAUUUCCCACCCUUUUUUGUUGUGGUUUAUCUGUAUGUACUGGAGGUAGCUAUUGAGACAAACAUCCCAACAACAUGAAACUGCCUAUUUAUGCUAUAGUUAUCUCUCUCUUUCUCUCUCCUCACUUUCCCUCCUGGUCUUUUCCUUGGUUAGGGUUUUUUCCUUUUUUUUUUUUUUUUUCCCAAUUUUUCAAUGUCUCUUCC